AUGCAGAUUCCACUCAAACUGUCAGAAGUACUACAUGACGGGAUCCAACAAGUCCAAAUCAACCUUGAGAAUCACAUAUCACUCUCCGCCAAACAUGAGAUUUACGUCGCCUCUCACACCAUAUGUCCUACCCCAGAUCAAACACGCUCAAAAACGAAACGAACCCUCAGUUCUGGGGGUAUUGCCGGGGGGGAGCUUCAUUUGAUGUCACAUACUCUACAGCAAUUUCAAAGACGUCUCGCGGCCCUGUCUCUUUUGAGUGAAAGACUAUUCCAUUCAGAAACUCUCCGACCUGGGGAUAUCCACUCGAUAGUUUCCAGGUUCUCUUGCAUCCGAUCCCAGUCAGGUCAAGAUGACACAGGGGCCAAAAUGGAGUCCGACUUAUCAGUAUGGAGAAGAACAGCAUUGGAAUCUGGAUCUAGUGCAAAGGAAAUCAGUUCGUAUUCGAAGGAAUCGAAGCCCGAGAAGAAGGUGGAGGACCGAGACAAAUUUAUCAAACUAUUGACAGUGUUCAUGGAAGACUACGAACACUUCAAGGGUUGCGUUGAGGUUGCAUUGAGCUCCGCCAACAACGUACCUUCCGAAGCGCAGGGUAUGCAAGCAUCAGCAUCCUCUCAUGCGGUUCAAGAUAGCAAAAAGGACAGUUCGCAAGAGAAAAAUUAUCCAGUCAAUAAAUCAGAUAUGGUCCCUUUCACCAAUGCAAUGGCUUUACACAAAGAACCAGAUGUGGACAAGGCUUUGUCCAAAGUAUCGGAUUGGAGUAGGUUUGCCAAGAAAGAUGAAGAUGUCACAGGGUGGUCUAGUGACUCAUCGGAAAGUGAUACCGACGAGCUGAUUUGCAAGAUGCUGGUUCCUAAUUUGAAAUAA